UGGCUACGCAUUCGCACACGCUAAGCUGCUUUACUGCGAAAUGAUACAUAUGCUGGCGGAAGAAAAUUCAGUUGAAAUUCUUCCUCCUCCAUUCUAAGCACUAAUGCAGGCCAACUGGCAAAGAAGUGGACCGUUGUUUAGAAAGCUUACCAAAUUUCAAUCUGCCUAUCGGCUAUUUUCAGCACAUCAACAAACGUACAAGGAGGCUUUUACUCAAUCCUAUGAGAAUCCAGUUGAUUUUUGGGCAAAAGAAGCGGAGAAGUUGUUUUGGUUCAAGAAAUGGGACAAGGUCCUGACGAACGGGGGUUCUCCAUUUGCCAGAUGGUAAUACCCAGUUGUGCUUAAUCAAUGGUUGUUUCCGCAGGUAUGAUGGUGGCUUGAUCAACACUGCCUACAACUGUUUGGACCGUCACAUAGCUGAUGGAUAUGGCGCGCAGAUCGCCGUCAUCCAAGAAAGUCCGGUUACUGGUAGCAGAAUUCAGUACUCAUAUGAUACGCUGCUGGACCAUGUUUCAAAUUUGUCAGGCUACCUGGCGCGACAGUGUCAGGUGAAUAAAGGAGAUCGUGUGUUGAUCUACAUGCCUAUGAUUGGAGAGUGUCUGAUUUCUAUGCUCGCUGCCGCCCGAAUCGGUGCUGUUCAUACGGUUGUGUUCGGUGGUUUUUCUCCAGAACAGCUAGCCGUUCGGAUACGAAACUCCAAGCCUAAAAUAAUUAUCACAGCUUCAUACGGCAUUGAACCAAAAGGUGCUGUUGGUUACAAAGCGGCAGUUGAAGAGGCCAUCCGUCUGUCCGAAUGUGCGGAAAUCGUGGAAAGAUGCAUAUUUUUUCACCGUCCGAAUUUGCCACGUGUUGAAAUGGGUGAUCCAGAUUUCUUCAUUGAUUGGGGUGAAGCGCUGGCUGCAGCACAAAAACACGACGCCGUCCCGGUGGAAUCGAACCAUCCUUUGUACUUAAUAUAUACUUCCGGAACAACAGGUAACCCCAAAGGUGUAGUCCGAGACAGUGCCGGUUAUUCAGUCGCACUAAAAUACUCUGGAGAUAAAAUUUAUGAUAUCCGGCCCGGUGACGUCUGGUGGGCCGCGAGUGAGUUUGGAUGGGUCGUUGGACACUCGUACUGCUGCUACGCACCUCUCAUUCAGAGAGCAACAACGAUCAUCUAUGAAGGCAAACCAGUUGGAACACCAGAUGCAUCCCAAUUUUUCCGCGUUGCGGCGGAAAACAAAGUAAAUGGGUGGUUUAUGACUCCGAGUGCCGUUCGAGCUAUCCGGAAUGAAGAUCCGGAGCUUCGACAGAGCAAAAGAUACAGAACAGAGGAAGUCAACCUCAACAAUCUGCGAAAUGUCUUUGUAGCCGGGGAACACUGUGACAUAAGUACCGCCAAAUGGUUGGUCGGUGUCCUUCCAUCACACGUCAAAAUCGCUGACACAUGGUGGCAGACGGAGACUGGUUGGCCAAUCACAUCAAGCUGUCUGAACUACCCAGAUGGAUUUCUGAACAACACUGGCCUAGCCGCUCCAGAAGGUUCCGCUGGUCUUCCUGUCCCCGGAUACAAUGUCCAAAUGGUUGAUCAAGAGGAGGGUAACACAAGCUCACAAUCAGUUGGAGACGACACAACAGACGGGAGAAUUGAGAAUAUUGCACAAUUAAAGCGUAUAUUGGUCAAGCUUCCCAUGCCACCUGGGACGGCUGUAAGCCUUUGGAAGGAUGACCAACUCUUCAAAGAGCUUUAUUUUGAGAAGUACCCGGGUUACUAUGACACAAUGGAUCUUGGUUAUCAAGAUGAAAAGGGCUUCGUUUACAUUCUGAGCCGGGCAGAUGAUGUGAUCAAUGUUUCUGGUCAUCGACUAAGUACAAGUGCGCUCGAAGAAGCGUGUCUCGCGGUACCUGACAUUGUGGACUGCGCAGUAAUUGCGAUAUCCCAUGAAGUCAAAGGCCACGUCCCAUUUGGCUUAUUGGUGAUGAGUUCCAGCUCCAAAAGGUCAAAGGAUGAUGUGAUUUCCGCAGCCAUUGCAUCAGUGCGAAAGAUUGUGGGUCCCGUCGCCGCAUUUCGCCAAGCUUGUGUCGUGCCCAAGUUGCCCAAGACCAGAUCGGGGAAGAUUUCACGGGGCAGUAUCGCUGACAUGGCUGCGGGGAAACCAGUCCGGGUGCCAAUCACAAUCGAAGAUAUAUCAGUCUAUGGACCCAUACACGAUGCAAUGAAGGAAUGUGGUCUCCGACCAACAGAAGCACCAAACCCCGGUUGAGAUGAAAUAUGCGUUCUUUAUUUUGAUAAAGUCCUUGCAGCUUUACCUGUGCCUGAGUGCCUAUCCGCUAAAUCUGAUUUUUUUACGGAACCCUUUAUUUUUUGGUAACACAGUGGUGCUGGGAAACUAAUUUUCUUUCAUCCAUUCUUAUGCUCAUUUUGCUAGUUUUUGGAUACAAAAUCGAUUUCCAGUAUUCUCACAAUGACUUCUAUUAAAAUUCCUUGAAACCUUGUAAUCAGUGCUCAUGUUGUAAUCUGUGUUACUUGACAGUUCUUCUCGAAACAUUAUUGCCAAAACUAGUGUUUGAUUGUUCUUUAACCUGAAGUUUAAUUUAUAAGUAUUACACUCCAUUAUUUCGAGGCUUUUUAUGUCCGGCGAUUGAAGAUGGUAACGGAGUUUGUAUUGUAUACACUUAUGUAUCCACUCACACAUAAUUCGUUCAACCGAGAACUAAUUUAUUGGUGACA